AUGGGCGUCAUGCCUGAGAUAGCUCAAGCGGUGGAGGAGAUGGACUGGCUCCUUCCUACGGAUAUCCAAGCAGAAUCCAUCCCACUGAUCCUGGGAGGUGGUGAUGUACUUAUGGCUGCUGAAACGGGGAGUGGAAAAACUGGGGCUUUUAGCAUUCCAGUUAUCCAGAUUGUUUAUGAAACGCUGAAGGACCAGAUGGAAGGCAAGAAAGGGAAAGCAACUAUUAAAACCGGGGGGGCAGUGCUCAAUAAAUGGCAAAUGAACCCGUAUGAUAGAGGAUCAGCUUUUGCAAUUGGAUCAGACGGUUUGUGUUGUCAAAGCAGAGAAGUAAAAGAAUGGCAUGGAUGCAGAGCAACUAGAGGUGUGACUAAAGGGAAAUACUACUACGAAGUUUCCUGUCAUGACCAAGGCUUGUGCAGAGUUGGUUGGUCAACUAUGCAGGCUUCACUGGAUUUGGGUACUGAUAAAUUUGGCUUUGGCUUUGGUGGUACUGGUAAGAAAUCUCACAACAAGCAAUUUGACAGCUAUGGUGAGGAAUUCACUAUGCAUGAUACAAUUGGGUGUUACCUAGACAUAGAUAAAGGACAAAUAAAAUUUUCCAAAAAUGGGAAGGACCUUGGCCUGGCGUUUGAAAUCCCACCGCACAUAAGGAACCAAGCACUGUUUGCAGCUUGUGUACUGAAGAAUGCUGAAUUGAAAUUCAAUUUUGGUGAAGAAGAUUUCAAGUUUCCACCAAAAGAUGGCUAUAUUGGUCUUUGCAAGGCUCCCGAUGGUAGUGUUGUAAAAUCACAGCACUCGGGAAAUGCCCAAGUGGUUCAAACACAGAACCUUCCAAAUGCUCCAAAAGCAUUGAUUGUAGAACCAUCAAGGGAGCUGGCAGAACAAACCUUGAACAAUGUAAAGCAGUUCAAAAAAUAUGUCGAUAAUCCCAAAUUAAGGGAGCUGUUGAUUAUUGGUGGUGUUGCUGCAAGAGAUCAACUCUCUAUACUGGAACAAGGAGUGGAUAUUGUCGUUGGAACUCCUGGAAGACUGGAUGACCUGGUCUCGACGGGAAAGCUUAAUUUAUCUCAAGUUAGAUUCCUGGUUCUGGAUGAAGCUGAUGGCCUUCUCCUCCAAGGUUAUUCAGAUUUCAUAAACAGGAUCCACAGUCAAAUUCCUCAGAUAACUUCAGAUGGAAAGAGACUUCAGGUGAUUGUGUGCUCUGCAACACUACAUUCUUUUGAUGUGAAAAAACUAUCUGAAAAGAUCAUGCAUUUUCCUACCUGGGUUGAUUUGAAAGGAGAAGAUUCUGUCCCUGAAACUGUACACCAUGUAGUUGUGCCUGUAAACCCAAAAGCUGACAAACUCUGGGAAAGGCUUGGCAAGAAUCAUAUCAGA